GUUUUGGUGGUGCCGCAUUUUAGUUUCCGAAUUAAAUAUCUAAAUAUUCUAUUUAAUAAGUUUUAUAUAUAAAUCUCGACAAUGGCUAUGACAUCAUCGCAAGUUAAACGAGAGCAACAAAAUAAUUUAGCAGCUGGAACAGGAUGGCCCAGACGAAACAGUCAGACCACUACAAAUACUCCGGCACAAACGAAUACAUUCUCACCCGCUACAAUAAAUAGAAUAAUAAAUUUAUAUCCUUUAACAAAUUACAUAUUCGGUACGAAAGAGCCACUCUUUGAAAAAGAUCCUAGCGUUCCAGCAAGAUUUCAAAGAAUGCGAGAUGAAUUUGAAAGAAUAGGAAUGCGACGCAGCGUUGAAGGUGUUCUUCUUGUACACGAACAUGGACUGCCACAUGUGCUUCUUUUACAACUUGGAACUACAUUUUUUAAGCUUCCGGGCGGAGAAUUAAAUCCAGGAGAAGAUGAAGUAGAAGGGCUGAAAAGACUUCUCACAGAGACGUUAGGUCGUUUAGAUGGAGUUAAACAAGAAUGGGUAGUAGAAGAUAUAAUUGGAAAUUGGUGGAGGCCAAAUUUUGAGCCACCACAAUACCCAUACAUUGCUUCACACAUAACGAAACCAAAGGAACACAAACGUUUGUUUUUGGUCCAAUUGCAAGAAAAAGCAUUGUUUGCUGUCCCUAAGAAUUACAAGCUAGUAGCUGCUCCACUUUUCGAAUUAUUUGACAAUUCCCAAGGAUAUGGACCUAUAAUUUCUUCUUUACCGCAAGCUUUGUGUAGAUUUCAGUUUAUUUAUAUGUGACCUGUGAAAUUAAGAAUGAAUGUAAAAUUAUGACCUAUUUAAUAAGUAAGGAUAAUUGUUGUCAGGACUUGUUUUGAAUCUAGUGAAUGGGUUUAGUCUUUGAAGGAAAUUACUGUUUGUGGACUCUAAAAAUGAAACUAAAUAUUUCUCAAGAACUAAUAUACAUGAAUACCAAUAUUUAACUUUUAUGUAUAUAAACGAUUUUUGCUCAUACCUCGGGGCUGCAAAAUAAUGAAUUUUAAAGGGCAAUCUUGGAAGUUCUUUUAAAGAUAUCAAAAUGUUUAGUGUCACUUGAUUCUUAAACCAAAAUCUCCUACUUCACAGAUAGCUGUUCAAUAAUUUAUAACUUUCAAUCAAAAAUUAGGAUAGUUUAAGUUUUAAAUAUCUUAAUAGGUCUUUUUUGUAAACAUUUUUCAAAACAAACUUUGCAUGUUGCAUGCCUAUGUGACUUAUUGAACCUCAUGCUUAGUUAAUUGCAAAUAGAAGAUUUUUCAUCAAAAUACCAAGUUCUGUGCAUAUUUCUUUAUAUAUUAUAGAGAGAGAAAUGCAUUGUUCACAACAUUAUUCUCAACUUUUUCUAUAUAUGCAAAAAAUGAUUCAGUUUUCAAGUAGAAAAAAAUUGAAAAUGGAAGUUUGCAAUAAUGUAGUACCUAAAGUAAAAAAAAAUGAUUUUUUGAUGUGUUAUUUCUGUAUUUUUAAUUUAUGGUUGUAUUUUAAGUACAGAAAUUAAAAAAAAAUGAUACUUGUGUAAAAUUAAAGUAUUGAAAUACGAUUUAUUGCAUAAAACUAGUGAAAUCUACAAACAAAAAUGGCUAUACUUUUAUUACAAUAUAAUUUUUCUACAAUUUUUAUUGUAAAAAUUAUACUACAUGUGUCGCUCCUCUUUUCCAUAUGGUGUAAGGAGAGAAAAUUAUAUAAAUGAUACAUUUUACAAAUUUUUUAACUUACUUUAUUUAAGUCAAUUAAUACUGCAAAACCUUAUUCAUGUGAAAAAGAUAAAAUUUUAAAUAUAGAGGAAAUCAUGAAAUUAUAAUCUUUGGAUAUUAUCUGCCAAAAAGAUGUCAGGGUUUUGCAGUCCAAGUAACAAUAUAUUAAAGAAUUGUAUAAUUUAAUAAAUAAAAUAACUAGAUAGAACAAAUAUCUAGCUUUUUUAUUUGACAACUUUGAAAAUAAACAUUUUAUAUUCUUAUUUAUAUAAGAAAUAUUUGGAAGCAACAUUUAUCUUUAUUUAAAAAAAAAAGUGAAAACGUUUUUGAAUGUCUCAUAUUUCACUAGUUCUUGAUAAAUAUUUAAUAAGGUUUUUUGUAUCACUUUGGUAGAUUAGAUUAUUUUUUAUUCACUUGAUGCUGUAUGUAUGCUACGAUUCAGUGACUAAACUUGAGUGAUUCCUUUCUAAUUUUCCAUUUUAUGUUUAGAUAAUUUAUCCUGUUUAAUAAUGAAUAGGUAAAAUUAAUAAUCAUGUUUCCAUUAAUUUUUACAGUAAAUAAAUGUG